ACAGAACUCAACAACCAGAGAGAGAAGAGAGAGAAAAGUUUCUUUUCUGCGUUAAGUUGGUAUUUUUCACACACACAGGGGAUCAGUGAUGGAUCUCCGUGUCCUGUUUGCUUUCAUUUGUUUGUCUGGUUUUAUUUACGCCUCUAAAACUAAAGAAAACAGAUCUCCAGAUGUCACGGACCUGGCUUUCAGAAACACUGACUUCGCCAUCAAUCUCUAUCGUGAGAUAUCGCGUUAUCACGACAAUAACAUCGUCAUCUCACCGCUUAGCAUCUCCACGUCUUUCGCGACGCUCUUACUGGGGGCCCGUGACGUGACACGCAGUCAGAUCGUGCGUGGGCUGAACCUCGCACCUCUGGAUGAGGAUGUUAUUCCUGACUUAUUCCGGGAUCUCCUGAGGAACAUCAGCAUCCUGCAGCAGAGCACAGCGCUGUUUGUGCACCAGCAGUUUCAGCUCGAGGCGCUCUUCAGCGAUCACGUAAAGAAAUACUUCGGCGGUGAUGUUAUUGCUGUUGAUUUCGGCAAGACUGAUCGCAGCAGGGACAUCAUCAAUGAUUACGUCAGCACAAAAACCGGCAAUAAGGUGCGUGAGAUGGUGAAGAGUGUCGCGCCGCUGACCCAGAUGAUGCUGAUCAACACCAAUUAUUAUAAAGGUGACUGGCAGCGUCCUUUCAAUCCGAACAAAACUGAAUUGGGUCGCUUUUAUAUCGACAAGUACAAUGUCGUUGAAGUUCCAAUGAUGUUCGCUGAGGAUGAAUUCUUCCAGACACAAGACACCGAGGUAGGAGUGCGCAUUCUUCGGCUUCCGUAUCGCGGUGACGCGGCGCUGCUGAUCGCCUUGCCUGACGCGUCUGCAGAUUAUACCGUAAUAGACGAUGAAAUCAACGCUGAAAGAGUUUUAAGAUGGAUCAAAAACAUGAAGCGAGAAAAGAUGGAGGUUCAUCUGCCCAAGUUUCAGAUGGAGCAAAGGUAUGCAAUGCAUGAACUUCUACCUCAUCUGGGCAUCAAUAGUGUUUUUCUGGACUCUGCGAAUCUCACUGGCUUGAGUAAAGAUGUGGGCGUAAAAGUUACGCAGGUGAUGCAUACUGCCGUGAUAGCGGUGGAUGAAACCGGCACGACUGCAGCUUCUGCAACAUCUGUGAGAAUCACAGCUUAUACUUUACCACCCAUAUUCAGAGUGAACCGACCGUUCUUCUUCUUCCUGUUCCAUGAAUCCACUCGCAGCCUGUUGUUCAUGGGAAGAGUGAUUGACCCAACAAAGAACUGAGCAUCUCCGGCUCUAACCUAUUAACUACACAAACUCAAAUAAACAGUGAGCAUCGGCUGGCGUGAGAAGUAAUCCCAUUAAAAACAGGAAUGUGUUCUGAUCAGACAAUAAGAGUCAACAGUUUACAGUCUAAGAAUCAAAGAUAAAAUAAAGUUAGGUUAUUGUCA